UCUAAUCUAUUCUCCAAACAUCAGCCAAAGGAGGCCUGUUAAAAUGAAAGUUGGACCACGUCACUGCUGCAGUCUCCAGUUGCUCCCAUCUCACCAGAGUCAAUGCCAAGUCCUUGCUAUGACCCACAGCCCUCCAGGAUCUGGCCCCUCUCACUACUUCCCCUCUGAACCACCAACUUCAGUCGCACUGGUCAGAUGUUACCUAAAUGCAAUAGGCACUCCCACCUCAGCUGCUGCAGUGGCUCUGCCCUCAGCCUGAAUGCUCUUCCCUGCCCUUUUGGCUUUUACUCAUCACCCAUCACCCCCAGCACGAGGCUCUCUGGAUCUCCCCAUGCUCUCUAGCCUUCAUCCUGCAUUAUCUUUCUCCCCAUCAUUUCCCACCAUCUAACACAGCAUACGCACUUAUUUAUCCAGCUAGAAAGUAACACUCCUCAAAGGCAGAUUUCUUUUGUUCACUGCCUUAUUACUGGUACCUAGAACAGUACUGGGACUUGGGCACUCAGUAAAUGUACUGAAUGAACAACAGCUAGUGAUUACUGCAUGGCCUUUGUGCUAGGUACUGUGCUAAGUGCUUUCCAUACAUAGCUUAUCUCUUUUAAAGAAUCUUUUAAUCUCUACGAUAACUCUAUGAUGCAAGUAUUGUUACCCAUAUUACAAAUGAAGAAAUGAUAUUCAAAAGGGACUUGUCCGUGCUUGCUCUCACAAGUCAGAGGCAGCAAUCAGAACCUGUCCUGCCUGCCUCCAGGAUCCUUGCUCCCACUGUUUCUCCUGGGCCUGGGUUUGGGGGUGUCUGCAUUCCCUGAAGAAGUCCACAGCUUUUCUCCAGCAGGCAGCACUCCCUGGGAGGAUGUGGCGGGUAUGUGCUGGUGGCCUAGCAACAGCCUCUUACUUUCCGACUCACCAUAUCCCUGGGCUAAUUUGGCCUUCCAGGAGCUAUUCCUUUGACAGUCUAACCUACGCAUCCCUCCCGCACAGGCUUCUGAAGGAUGGAUGAGUUGUCCACAGAACAAGUGGGAGUCCCCUAGUCAGUUCUUUGGAACAAAAUGUUCCAGAGCAGUGUUCUCACUCCAAGUCCAAAGACGGGGGCUGACAACCCCUUUUCAGCCCUGCUGAUCUCUGAGGACCUGACUGCUGGGUUGGGUGUUGUUAUUGCUUAUAAUAUCAAAAAGUACAGAAGUUGAGGGAUGGAAAUUCUGGUAAGUGCAGUGGGAGAGGAAAAUUCCUCUGGGAGAGAUGGGCUCUUUUCCUGUUAGAGAGACAAAUGGCAGGAAUCCAUCAGCACCAAACUGAGCAAACUCUUCCAUUGUCAGAGUGUAAGUGCCAGCCUUUCAAUCUGCCUCAUUGACGCACUGGUUUUCUUCUCCCUUUCUAGGCCCAGAGUUUUUCUUCAAAGGACUUCUUUGGGCUUUCUCUUCCCUGUGUCUACUUUUCCACGCCUUUAAGAAACAGUAACUGGGGAUCCAGACAUGAGAGACAUUCCUGACCAGAGAGGGAGACAGGCAAACAAAUACAGCACAGUGGAAAUCCAACCCAGGGAAUGCCAAAGGUCUUGAUCACAAUAAGUGCUUAUUCAGCAUUAGUGGGAUGAAUGAUGAAUAGGUGAAUAUGAGAUUUUGUGGUCUAGAGAAGGGAGGUGGCGGGUGUGGGGACUUUGGGGGAAAACUUAGAAUUGUAGUUCACCAUAAGGAGGGAGAAGGUGUGAAUGGCAUUCAAGAUACAGGGAAUAGCACCUGCGAAAGCAGGGAGGCAUGAACAAGCUCGGUGAGUUUUAGGAUCAGAGAGCCGUCUGGAAUGAAUGAAAUGGGAGGGUGAGUGUGGAAGAGUGAGAUGAGACUGGCGCGGUACCAGGAGUCAGGUCAUGGAGAGCUGAAUGCAAAGUUGAAGUUUGAGAUUUACUCUGAAGGCAACCGCUGAGUAUGACUUCAAGAGCAGGAGUGAGGUUAACUCCCCGAUUUCUGGUUCUGACCAUGAUGUGGACUUGGUGGGGCUGCUGUACUGGGGCAGCAAAGCUCGGGAAAAACGGGUUCAGGAGGUGGUAGAGAUCCGAAGGCAGCUGGACUCGUAGGCCUGGGCCUCCCUAUCCCUGGAAUGGCAUAUUCCACUCCUACCCUCCUGAACCUUCAUACUUCACAGUCUCGACUCAGGGUCUCCUUUCUUCCUCCAGGAAGCCUUCCUGGUUGCCGUAGCCUUUUGUACUGCACCCCAUAGGCCCAAAUGCCUGAACCCCAUUCGAAAGAACUGUGGGAUCAGUUUUGCUGUGGAAAGUGAUCUGCCCAGUCAAGCACAAGUCCCCUAUCCCGGGCAGCAGAGGCUCAAAUCAUUCAGUUACCCAGUGGGAUCUCAGGGUAAAUCUGAGUGGAGUGGAGCAGGGCACUUGCAGCUCAGCAGCCGGGUCAGAAGUCAGGGCCAGGCAAGAAAUCGGUUAGAGAGUGGGAGGGACGGCGACAUCACAAAGGGCAGGAAAUAGGGGGCUGAAAGCGCUUCCGAAAUCGUAGGGAGCAAGGGAAGGCUUCCUUCCUCUUCAGUUCGAGCAACAGGCAGCGGGGAGCGCAGGCGUGUUGACUGCUUUCCUCCCCUCCCACAGGGCCUUAGUACAGAAUCUUUGCAGCGGGUGGCUCAACAGCGCCCUCCGUCGUCGGAGGCUGUAAAUGGCCCUCAGAAGUCAGGAGCGCGAGGAGGCCAAGGGACACUCGCCCCUUUAAAGCUCGAUUUGACCCGCGCAGCGCACAGCCCAGUAAAGAGGGGAUGCGGAGCCUGACCUACCCCUUACUCUGAGGCUCUACCUGAUCUCUCGUGGAUGCCGGCGCCACUCAUGGGCGCCGGAUGAAGGCGAGAGGCCAAGUGGCCUUCAGUAGCCCACUACGCCAAUAACCCAUGUGGCGUGAGAGCCACCACUUUUCACCCAGCAACUCCGGGGCAUCCUGGGACCCGCCCGUAGCCGCGCGCAGGCCAGGGUAUUCUAAGGCGCAGCCAUGUCGGCCCUGUACCCAUCUCUGGAGGACCUGAAGGUGGACCAAGCCAUUCAGGUGCAAGCCCGAGUCGCACCCAUGAUGCCCGCCCUGCCAGCCCAGGAGACAGCCGUCCCCCAGCCUUCAGUUUUGUACCCAAACCUGGCAGAACUGGAAAAUUACAUGGGCCUUUCCCUCUCCAGCCAAGAAGUCCAACAGAACCUGCCUCAGAUUCUAGAAGGUGCCAGUACAGCGAUCUCGGGCCCUUCGCCAGGCCAGGUGGUGGCGCCGGUGUCGGGGAACAGCCUGGGCGCACGGCGUGCCGAGAUCAGGCCUGGGGUGCGGGAGAUCCACCUGUGCAAGGACGAGCGUGGGAAGACCGGGCUGCGGCUGCGGGCCAUCGACAAGGGGCUCUUUGUGCAGUUGGUCCAGGCCAACACCCCUGCGUCCCUCGUGGGGCUGCGAUUUGGGGACCAAAUCCUGCAGAUCGAUGGGCGUGACUGUGCCGGGUGGAGCACAGACAAAGCCCACCGGGCGGUGAAGAAGGCAUCGGCUGAGAAGAUCAUCAUGGUGGUUCGGGACAGACCACUCCAGCGGACUGUCACCAUGCAUAAGGACAGCACGGGCCACGUUGGCUUUGUCAUCAAGAAGGGAAAGGUGGUUUCUGUGGUCAAAGGGAGCUCUGCGGCUCGCAAUGGGCUCCUCACCAACCACUAUGUGUGUGAAGUGAAUGGGCAGAACGUCAUCGGGCUGAAGGACAAAGAGGUCACAGAGAUUCUGGCCACGUCCGGGAACGUUGUCACCCUGACUGUCAUCCCCACUGUGAUCUACGAGCACAUGGUCAAAAAGUUGUCCCCGACCCUGCUCCACCACACCAUGGACCACUCCAUCCCAGAUGUCUGAGGCCACGGGAGGGCAACUCAGUCCUCCAACCCUUCUGCAGGAAAGGGAGCAUCCUCAAGGAUGGCAUGUUGUGGAGGCCUGCUGACUCAGGGUGGGGAUGUCUCAACGGGGGCGUGUUCCAGGUGGGGUGACAUCAGAGCACGUUGUCUGCCAUCUAUAACUGAGGCCUCCUUGGUGCCUCAGACUCUUUGCUGGACUAAAGCAGGGCCAGGGCCUAAUUCUGUGUGCUGGUUUAAAUGCUGGGCACAUAAGCAGGCUGGCUAAACACGUCUUGAAGUUGCAGCUGGGUCCCUUUCAAGAUUUUGUCUUUGCCAGAAAAACAGUUCCGUGUUUUGAGAGAACAGAAAUACAUUCUUUGUGAGAA